AUGGGACGUGGUGGUGAUACAAUGGGACGUGGUGGUGGUACGAUGGGACAUGGUGAUACGAUGGGACGUGGUGGUGGUACAAUGGGACGUGGUGGUGAUACAAUGGGACGUGGUGGUGAUACAAUGGGACGUGGUGGUGGUAUAAUGGGACGUGGUGGUGAUACAAUGGGACGUGGUGGUGAUACAAAGGGACGUGGUGGUGGUACAAUGGGACGUGGUAGUGAUACAAUGGGACGUGGUGGUGGUACGAUGGGACGUGGUGGUGGUACGAUGGGACGUGGUGGUGAUACAAUGGGACGUGGUGGUGGUACAAUGGGACGUGGUGGUGAUACAAUGGGACGUGGUGGUGAUACAAUGGGACGUGGUGGUGGUACAAUGGGACGUGGUAGUGGUACAAUGGGACGUGGUAGUGGUGAUACAAUGGCACGUGGUGGUGGUACAAUGGGACGUGGUGGUGAUACAAUGGGACGUGGUGGUGAUACAAUGGGACGUGGUGGUGAUACAAUGGGACGUGGUGGUGGUACGAUGGGACGUGGUGAUACGAUGGGACGUGGUGGUGGUACAAUGGGACGUGGUAAUGGUACAAUGGGACGUGGUGGUGAUACAAUGGGACGUGGUGGUGGUACAAUGGGACGUGGUAGUGGUACAAUGGGACGUAGUGGUGAUACAAUGGGACGUGGUGGUGAUACAAAGGGACGUGGUGGUGAUACAAUGGGACGUGGUGGUGGUACAAUGGGACGUGGUGGUGGUACAAUGGGACGUAGUGGUGAUACAAUGGGACGUGGUGGUGAUACAAUGGGACGUGGUGGUGAUACAAUGGGACGUGGUGGUGAUACAAUGGGACGUAGUGGUGGUACAAUGGGACGUGGUGGUGAUACAAUGGGACGUGGUGGUGAUACAAUGGGACGUGGUGGUGAUACAAUGGGACGUGGUGGUGAUACAAUGGGACGGCAUUUAUAUCGAUAUUCCAUUCAUAACCUCAAGUAUGAAAACUCUAAUUAG